CAGAGAGAAGGCAAGACAGAGGGCCAGAAUGAAGAGUGAUGAGGAACUAGGGAUAAAGAAUGUAGCAUAUACACCCAAGGUCAAAGGACUUUUGAAGCGGAGUACCUCAAAUACACCAAGUACAAGUGACUUUAUCUCUGACAGUGAUGAUCCCAGUAAAGUGUUACACUCCACCCCAGUGGAGAAAGCAGAAGUGCCAAAACCAGAAAUCAAAUCCAGUGGGAAGACAAAAAAGAGUAAAAAGAAGAGCAUGGACCUAGAUUUGACUCUGUCUGAGAAGUCAGAUGGUGACACGAGUAAAGAGAAAAUCAAGAAAAAGAAAUCCCUGCUUCAAAUUCUGAAGCCUGGGAAGGACAAGUCUCCUAAAGACCUGAAGGACAAGCGAUCUUCGUCCAAUGACACUCUGGAGGAAAAAACUCCAAAGAAGAAGAAGAAAACUCCAAAGUCUGACAAGAAGAAGAAGAAAAUGAUGUCAGAAUCAGGAAUGGAAAAGUUGGAUAAGGGUCUGAGUGAACUUAAUUUACAGGGAAUGAAGGAGAGAUUUACUCUUGAGAAGAGACACACACCAACCCGGAGGUAUGCUGUCAGGAAGACGAUACCACCCAAAGCUGAUCUGGAUGAGUUUUCAGACUCGGAUGACAGUAAAAUGGACACACUGAAAAAGUCAAAGGAUCGUCGUACCAUGUCUGAGGAUGAACUGAACUAUCGUAUUGCUAAACGUGUACAAUCAGCAGCCAGGAAACACAUGAAGCAGCAGGAGCAGAAGAGACUGAGAAUGGCACAGGAAAUCCAACGACAGCUGGAGGAGGUGGACGUCAAACAGAAGGAGCUGGAGGAAAGAGGGGUCAUUGUAGAACGGGCACUCAGAGGGGAGGGACAAGAUGCUGGUAAAGAGGAGUCUGAACUCAUGCAGGAAUGGUUCACUCUGGUGUACGAGAAGAAUGCUCUAGUGAGAUACGAGUCUGAGCUCAUGGUCAAUGCCCAGUACAUGGAGUUGGAGGACAGACACGGUCGACUGGAGCAGGAACUCAGAGAAAAGAUGUCCGUAGACAAUUCUGAGAAAACCCCAGCACAAGCGGCUGAAGAAAAACGAAUCCUCGAUGAACUUUUGGAGGUCGUCGAGGAAAGGGAUAAAUUAGUAGCUAUGUUAGAGGAAGAAAGAGUCAGAGAGCGAGAAGAAGACCGAGACUUAGAGGCCAUCAUGAACGCCAAGGGGUACAGCCUCGCCCCCACCGACUACGCCCAGAAAAUCAAAUUCUCCUCCAAAGUCUUCCCCCUCUCCUGCUAAAGAUACCCUCAUGUCACAGUCAGCU